GACAGCUUCUUGCUUACUGACACCUAUUCGUACCCCAACAAGCUAACAAUUUGCGAAGAAAUGACAGAACGUCUGAAGCAAGUUGCAAGUCACCUCACAACCUCAUACCCGAAUGGUCUUUUAAACGGCGAAGUUGUGAUUGUAACUGGUGCAUUCUUCCUGGGCGAGUUGAUUAUUGGUCUUACUAUGGUGCUAACAAACUUCGUGCAUUUGGGAUUGUUAGGCGCCGCACAGGGAAUUGGACGGAGCUGCGCUCUGCUUUUCGCUCGUGAGGGAGCAAAGGUCGUAGUUAGCGAUCUUGACGAGGCAAAAGCUCAAAAAGUUGUGGAAGAAAUCAAAUCUGCUGGUGGUGAUGCACUUGCAGUCGGCGGGGACGUCGGAGCAGACGAUUUCCCAGAGAAAAUCCUCAAAGCGACAAUCGAUAAAUUUGGAAAACUCAACCACAUUGUUAACAAUGCUGGCUUUACAUAUGAUAAGAUGCUGCAUACAAUGUCUGACGAAGCGUUCGACGUAAUCAUGAAGAUUCACGUGCGUGCACCAUUCCGGCUGAUUCGCGCCGCUGCACCUUUCUUCCGCGUAAAGGGAGGUACUAAAGAGAAUCGCUCAAUAGUCAAUGUAUCUUCCGUGGCAGGAUUACAUGGAAAUACCGGUCAAGUUAACUAUUCUGCCGCCAAGGCUGCCGUCAUUGGUAUGUCGAAGACAAUUUCGAAGGAAUGGGGACCGUUUGGUGUGCGUGCCAACACCGUUGCGUUUGGAUAUGUUCAGACGAGGUUAACAGGUGCGAAGGAGAAGGGUGAAGCAAUCAUUAUUGACGGCAAGCCAGUCGCUUUGGGGAUCCCAGGGGCAGAUCCGAAUAGACCCGUACCACACAUCCCACUCGGCCGAGCAGCGACGACGGAUGAAGCAGCUAACAGCGUUCUCUUCUUAAUCUCCCCCCUGGCGGCUUACGUUUCUGGCCAUACACUCGAAGUUGCAGGGGGCGCAGGCAUCUGAUAUCUGUUGUUUUUGUCAAAUUCAUGCAUUUUUCCUGGUUAUUUUUGUGUUAAGACGAAUGUCUCCACAAUAUUGGUUCUCUUCAAUGUCUUCAAUGUAGUGGUACGCACUUGUGAAUCUACAAGCACUGUAACAU